AUGUGUCCGCGAACGCGCGCGUCCGUCGCAACAGCUGAUGGGGAAUCUUCCCGUUCAUCGAGUCACCCAUCGCCCCCGUUCACGCAUACGGGCGUCGAUUACGCGGGACCGAUGAGUAUAAUUCCAGUCGUGGGAAGAGGUCAAAAAUCGAGAAAGUAUUACGUGGUCGUAUUUAUCUGCCUUGCGACUAAGGCUGUUCACUUAGAGUACGUGGACGACUACACCACUGCCGGAUUCCUCGCUGCUUUCAAACGUUUCGCGAGUCGUCGUGGCCUCCCGUCAGACAUUUACAGCGACAACGGCACGAACUUUCAGGGCGCAGAUAGGGAAUUGUACUCCGUUUUUCAAAGACUUAUUGCCGAUCCUGAACUUAAAAACACCGUUGCCAACGACAACGUAAAAUGGCAUUUUAUUCCUCCCGCCGCGCCGCAUUUUGGCGGACUCUGGGAAGCCGGCGUAAAAGGAUUGAAGUUUCAUCUUAAAAGAGUAACCGGCUCGCGUACAUUGUCGCAAAUCGAGUUCGCUACGCUACUGUGUCAGAUUGAGGCGUGUCUAAAUUCACAACCUAUUUCCGCAUUACAUGACGAUCCGAACGAUUUUUCUGCGAUUAUUCCGGGCCAUUUUUUAAUCGGCCGCCCGUUAAUUAGUUUACCGGAAGAGUCGAAUUUAGAAAUAGACUCUGACCGUCUCUCGCGAUGGCAACAAGUACGCGCGAUGCUCGAACAGAUCUGGCGAUCUUGGUCGGCUGAUUAUCUGCAUACGCUUCAGCAACGACAAAAAUGGCGUGAGAAUCAACCGGAUUUAAAGAUCGACGAAUUAGUGUUAUUAAAAAAUAGUCUCCUUCCUCCUUCUAAAUGGGAACUCGCUCGAAUAGUAGCGGUUCAUCCAGGAAAGGAUAGCCAUAUCCGCGUUGUAACGUUACGUACCGCAAAAACAACUCUGAAGCGACCAAUAACACAGAUCUGUCGACUACCGAUAAAUGCGAAUUAUUAG